UCCCGUUUGCUUUGUCGUCUUUUGAUAUAUUUUCAGUUUGUUUAAACUGCAAGGCUUUUGCUUUCUUCCUAAUUGUGUUUCUUUCUUUUAGUAUCAAACUUCGCUGCCUCCUCUUUGCCUUUCUGUGGCAAUCUGCCUGGAAAAGAAUGAUGAUGUUCUUUUUGUUUUCAAUUUUAAAAUAAUCUGAGUAAAAAAGAACUUUAACCCCCUACAGACGGGUUGAGAAGGUUAUUUGGAAUAUUCCUCUGAUAUUUUUGUUCAGUUUUAAGAAAACUUUCCUGCCUGUGCUCUAAGUCAUGAAGAAAACAAGUUCUUGCAAUCCCACACCGCUUCCAUCCCGAAUGUCUCCUCUCUCCUGGAUUCUCCUCCUGGUCUUUUCCUCUUGGAUCCUGCUGGACGCCUCGGCGGAACACGGGCCUCCGCUCCCCAAGUUCAUUUGCACCCCGAUGCCUGUGGAUUCCGACCCUGGUUGCUCUGGCAACGGCCGACACUCCCAACCCGCGACCCCCGGCAGCUCCAAUGCCUGGUGGGGUCUAACGGACGAUGCUAAAGCCACAGUCCUACACCUGAGAGAAACCAUCGUCCAGCAGAAGGAGACGAUUCUGGACCAGAGAGAAACGAUCCGCGAGCUUUCUGCCAAGCUCACACUCUGCGAAGGGUUUGGGACGCAUUCUGCAGGGCGCCAUGACGACGCCGAAGACUCUGAUCCCCAUCACUCCAACGCUUUGGGACACUCUUCGCGUCCCCACCGCCUCCCCGAACCCCAUUCUCUACACGGGGUGCCCCGGCCGCAUCACACGGAGACGCAUGGUGCCAAGAACACCAUGGGGGACCCCCCCAAGCACGCCGUGUCAGUGGAUCAGAUGGGCAGAAUGCUGCAGUCACUCAAAGAGAGGAUAGAUAACCUGCAGCACUCUCGGAACACCUCGCACUCUCUGAGGGACCUGCUUCAGAGGAGGAUCACCGCUCUGGAGCACCAGAUCCAGCAUCGACUGCAGUCAGGGGGAGAGGAGGAGGAGGAGGAGGAGGAGGAGGAGGAGGAGGGAGGGGAUCACCAUCGUCACAGCGAAGAAGAGGACGAUGACCACCACAACCACCAUGAGAACGACACUGCCCAUGGGCACCAUGAUGACGGGUACCACGGCAACGGACAUCGCGACAACGGGAACCACGACUAUGGUCACCACGAUGACGGGCUCCAUGACAACGGGCACCGCGACAACGGGAACCACGACAAUGGUCACCACGAUGACGGGCUCCAUGACAACGGGCACCGCAGCGACGGGCACCACGGCAACCAUGUUCCUCAUCACAGGAGAGGAGUCAAGAGUCGAGACAACCACAGCCACGCCAGCCAGGGCCACUCCAGCCAUGGUCAGAAGCUGGAUGCUGUUAUGGAUCAUCUGCCUCAUAGGAACUCUGACAAGGCCUCUGCCUCUUACAAGAAGGUGAAAAGCCCGGAUGAUUUUCAGAUCGGGUUCCCCAUGCGCACGAACUACAUGUACGGCCGCGUGAAGCGCACACUCCUGCAAGAGAUAUUCGCCGUGACUCUCUGCCUCUGGCUGAAGUCCACCUCGUCCCCUGGCAUGGGCACCCCAUUCUCCUACUCCGUCCCGGGACAGGCCAAUGAGCUGGUGCUGAUUGAGUGGGGGAACAACCCAAUGGAGCUCCUCGUCAAUGACAAGGCGGUGACACUUCCCCUCUCCAUCAACGAUGCAAAGUGGCACCACGUGUGCGUGACCUGGUCCACGCGGGACGGGCUGUGGGAGUCGUACCAGGAUGGUAUUAAGAGGGGCACUGGAGAGAACCUGGCAGCGUGGCACCCCAUCAAACCUGGCGGUGUCUUCAUACUGGGACAAGAGCAGGACACGCUUGGUGGUCGCUUCGAUGCCACGCAAGCCUUCGUGGGUGAAAUGUCCAACGUGAACAUGUGGUCCCACGUCCUGACGCCCAAUGAGAUCUACAACCUGGCCACUUGCGGCAGCCACGCGACCGGCGAUGUCAUCGCAUGGACAGAGUCCUCCAUCGAGCUCCACGGCGGGGUCACCAAAUACCCCUUCGACCCCUGCCACUAGACGGAACCGGUGAGACCGAGAGAACCCCAGAGACUGUUGUUCCGAAUCUGCUUGGAAACCGUAGAGCUCUGGCGGCUUCCGAUGUAUCGAUGUGCACCCUUCCUAUCCUUCCUGAGAGAAGUGGGCUUUGUUUUGUUUUUUAGCUGUCUGAGAUCUUGUAAGGUCGACUCCUUCUAUAACCAGGGAGUGCACCACGGUUGCUUUAUCUUUGUAUUUUUUAUUAUUAGGUGAAUAUGUUCAAAUAAAUUCAAUAAGGAACGAUUGAGUUGAACUCACUUCUUUGGACUGAGAGGGAAUGAAUGAAUGAAGGAAGGAGAAGUUUUGAAUGGGUACUUGGUUACACAGCACUACCGCGUUCUUGUGCACAGUUACAAUGUACUUCAUGUGCAAAUCUUCUUGCACGAUAUAUGUAAAAACACAAUUGUAUCAGAAAAGGGCUAGGGUUAUAUCAGGUUAGUACAUUGUAACUCUGCAUAAUAACAUAGCAAUGAUGUGUGAGCACACUUGUAUUUACUAAGUAACUGCUAUGCAAACACACAGCAAUUAGAGACUCUUAAUGGAAAGUGUUACUGAAAGAACUUGUCUAGUGUACUAUUCUGUAUUUGCACUCUAUUAAAAACGUUUCAUGUAAAUAAUGUAACAGGGAAUGUGCUUAAUCUCUGAGGUGUCUAUAUUGCAUAUAUCUGUCACAAUGCUGUGUAAUCCCAUGUUUAAACUGCAGACAAGUUUUGUAAAUAAAGAUUUUAACUAAG